AUGGCGAACACGUUUCGCGGUGUGACGGUGUCGGCCGUCAACAAUGACGGUGCUUUAACUCCGCGCUUCAACUUUCCUACGAACGUAAACGUGGAUUACGACCCGCAAGGUCUAAGUGUUAAAGUGAUACGUGCUGAUCCCGUGCUAGCCCAGGAGGUGCUAGAGUUCCCCGUCCACAAUCUAAGCGAGUGCUCCCGAGUCGCCGGUCAAUCUUACAUUUUUACGAUAGAUAAUGAGACAUUGUUUUUUAAAUUCACCUCUGAUGUUGACUGUCAAAACUUCCAUUUGCUGGUUAGCAAGAUUAAGGCGGGCAGAUCGUCGUCUGUGUUCACGGUACGCACGGAGGAUUCCUCGGCGAUGCAAUAUUUCCAGUUUUAUGGAUACUUAAGUCAACAGCAGAACAUGAUGCAAGAUUAUGUGAGAACGAGCACCUAUCAACGUGCUAUAUUAUCUAACAUUAAUGAUUUCAAGAAUAAAGUUAUUUUGGAUGUUGGAGCUGGGUCUGGUAUUUUGUCUUUUUUCGCGGCUCAAGCAGGAGCCCGUAAGGUUUACGCUGUUGAAGCAAGCAAUAUGGCGCAUCAUGCUCAAGCUUUAGUUCGCGCUAACAGUCUCCAAGACCGCAUCACAGUUAUAGCGGGAAAAAUAGAAGAAAUAGAGCUUCCUGAAAGUGUGGAUGUAAUUAUUUCUGAGCCCAUGGGAUACAUGUUGUACAACGAACGUAUGUUAGAAACCUAUUUACAUGCAAAGAAAUGGCUCAAACCUAGUGGUAAUAUGUAUCCCACUCGUGGAGACUUACAUAUAGCACCCUUCACAGAUGAUGCAUUAUUUAUGGAACAAUAUAACAAAGCUAACUUUUGGUACCAGGCUUGUUUCCAUGGAGUGGAUCUAAGUGCACUUCGUACAGCUGCCAUGAAAGAAUACUUUAGGCAGCCUAUUGUAGAUACAUUUGAUGUUCGCAUUUGUAUGGCAAGAUCAGUCAGACAUGUUGUAGACUUUUUAAAUGCUAAUGAAACUGAUUUACAUCGCAUUGAGGUACCAUUCAGAUUUGAACUGACACAAUCAGGAACUUGUCAUGGCUUAGCAUUCUGGUUUGAUGUACUAUUUGCAGGCAGCACACAGCAUAUAUGGUUAUCUACAGCACCUACAGAACCUCUCACACAUUGGUACCAAGUUAGGUGCCUUCUUGAAACUCCAAUUUUUGCUAAACAAGGCCAAGCUUUAACUGGCCGUGUGCUUUUAUUAGCUAAUAAGCGACAAAGUUAUGAUGUAACUAUGGAUAUCAAUUUGGAGGGAACAAAUAUUUCUUCUUCAAAUACAUUAGAUUUAAAGAAUCCAUACUUUAGAUAUACUGGGGCACCAGCAGCUCCUCCCCCAGGAGUGAACACAACUUCACCGAGCGAGUCAUACUGGAACUCUAUUGAGUCAGCCGGCUCCUUGAGUAAUGGUCAAGGAGUAAUCUUGACUGAUGCUACACAGCAAUACUGCUCUACACCUGAUCAAACUAUAGCAUAUGGUGCCCAUCCAAAUAUGCUUAAAACAGUAAUGCUGCAAGAAGAAUUCAUCAAGAGGAUUGGGAUUAGUCAAAAUGGCGACAUA